AUGGUCGCCCCUGUCCGAGUUAUACCCAACGCUGCGAAGCGGGCAACUAGCCUCCUUCGCACCAUUCAAUAUACACAUCCGCCUUCAUGUCCAUGUCAUUCAAACCCAGGCUACCACAAGGCUCCUCCUUCUAUUGUCCCGCGGGCAAGGGAGGCAGGUCGCCGGCGGUAUGCCACCCCAACAUCAGUCAAUCAAGAACUGAAGGAGUAUGCAUUUGAGAUGGCCGCUUCAUCUAUUCGCUUUGGUCCCGGUGUGACGCAGGAAGUUGGCAUGGACUUCAAGAACAUGGGCGCUAAGAAGGUGUGCGUUGUUACAGAUCCCACUGUUGACAAAUUGGAUGCCAUGAGACAGGUUAGAGAGGGCUUGACGAGAGAGGGCAUCAGCUUCGAAGUCUUUUCCAACGUGAGAAUAGAGCCAAAAGACAGCUCGAUCAAGGAAGCUAUCGAUUGGGUUCGCCCUUACCAGCCAGAUGCCUUCCUUGCUGUUGGCGGCGGUUCAGUAAUGGAUACAGCAAAACUCAUGAAUCUUUACUUGAACUACCCCGACGCUGACUUUUUGGACUUUGUCAAUGCCCCCCUUGGCAAGGGUCGUCCUGUCGACAAGCCCCUUCAUCCGCUUAUUGCCGUUCCUACCACCGCUGGCACUGGAAGUGAGACCACUGGCACAGCCAUCUUUGAUCUUGUAUCCAAACGGGCCAAGACUGGUGUCGCGCACAGAAACCUGAAGCCUACGCUGGGAAUAUGUGAUCCUAUCAAUACCAGAACCAUGCCCGCUGCUGUCAAGGCCAGCUCCGGUCUGGAUGUGCUCUGCCACUCGCUCGAGUCCUGGACAGCAAUCCCCUACCAUGAGCGUACUCCUCGGCCACCCAAUCCCAUCAUGAGACCUGCGUAUCAGGGCGCCAAUCCUAUUUCUGACGUGUUCUCGUUUCAUGCUCUUCGCCGCACUGUCAAAUACCUGCCUCGAGCAGUCAAGGACCCCGAUGACUUUGAGGCACAGAGUGAGAUGCUUCUUGCAGCUACUCUCGCUGGCGUCGGCUUUGGAAAUGCUGGUGUCCACUUGUGUCACGGCAUGUCUUAUCCCAUCUCUGGACAGAACCCAGGAUACAGGCACGCUGGCUACGAAGUUGCCGCACCACUGAUUCCGCACGGUGUCUCUGUCGCUGUUUCCGCUCCUGCCGUCUUUAGAUUCACUGCUGCAUCUAACCCCCAGAGACAUCUUGAAGCUGCAGAGGCUUUCGGCGUUGAUACUUCCAACGUGAAGUUGGAGAGUGCUGGUGAGGUUCUGGCUGAGGCGUUGACCAAGUUCCUUGCAGACCUAGGUGACCAGCCUGCGGGUCUCAAGGACCUUGGCUUUGGCAACGAGCACAUCGAUGCUCUUGUCGAAGGUACCAUUCCUCAGGCUCGUGUGCUCAUGCUGGCUCCCGGACUGGACAAGGAACUGCAGACUGAGAAGGAGCAGCUUCGGGGACUCUUUGAGGAUGCAAUGAGCCACUAA